AUGAUGCAAAGUACCAUGUUCCUGGCUGUCCAGCACGAAUACUGUGGACCGAUGGACAAGAGCUCAGGCAAUGGCGCCAAGAGCGAAGAGAAGCGGGAGAAGAUGAAACGGACCCUCUUAAAAGAUUGGAAGGCCCGUUUGAGCUACUUUUUACAAAAUUCCUCCACUCCUGGGAAACCCAAAACUGACAAGAAAAGCAAACAGCAAACUUUUAUCAAGCCAUCUCCAGAGGAAGCACAACUGUGGUCAGAAGCAUUUGAUGAACUGCUCGCCAGUAAAUAUGGUCUUGCUGCAUUCAGGGCUUUUCUAAAAUCUGAGUUCUGUGAAGAAAAUAUUGAAUUCUGGCUGGCCUGUGAAGACUUCAAAAAAACAAAGUCCCCCCAAAAGCUCUCCUCAAAAGCACGGAAAAUAUAUACUGAUUUCAUUGAAAAAGAGGCUCCAAAAGAGAUAAACAUAGACUUUCAAACCAAAACUCUAAUUGCCCAAAACAUACAAGACGCUACAAGUGGUUGCUUUACAACAGCUCAGAAAAGAGUUUACAGCCUGAUGGAGAACAACUCUUAUCCCCGAUUCUUGGAGUCUGAAUUCUACCAAGACUUAUGUAAAAAGCCACAAAUCCCCACAGAACCCCAUGCUACAUGAGUUGGGAAAAAAAGGAGCCCAUAAAUGGAGGACAUUUCUUUUUUUUCCCCCUAAGGAGAAAGGCUGUGACCUGCCAGAA